CCAUGGCGAUUUUCGAGCAUAUUACGUACCCUAACCUACUGGGCUUGGGUGCUUCGCUUGCUUUGUCCUAUAUCCUCUUCACGGCUAUUUACCGUCUCUACUUUCACCCGCUUGCAAAGUUCCCCGGUCCUUUUUGGGCACGGCUGUCCGUUUUCCCCUCAUGGUGGAACACACGAUAUGGUGAUCGCCACCUCUGGCUUUACAGCCUCCAAGAGAAAUAUGGUCCGGAGUUCCGCUACCGACCCGACAGUGUCUUGAUCAAUACUCCGAGUGCCUUCAAGAAAGUAUUCGGUCCGACUGGCAAUGUGAGGAAGUCGGAUUACUACAGAGGAUGGCCACGCAACGUCAAUGCUGUCAACGUCUGGAGUACCACCAGCGUUGAGCAACAUGCUCGCAAGCGUCGUGUUAUGAACUAUGCCUUCUCGGAAGCAGCAAUGCGUUCUGCAGAGACUUUCCUGCACUCGAACAUGGACAGAUGGUUGGAACUACUCGGCCAGUUGCCAAAAGGCAAAGAUGGAGAGUGGUCCGAGUCAUUCAACAUGUGUGAUUGGAUGAAUUGGCUUGUUUUCGAUAUUCUUGGUGAUUUGUGUUUUGGCAAAUGCUUCAACAUGAAAGAGAGCGACAGUGAAUUACGCCAUAUCCCUGAACUGAUGGUUUCAUUCUUGGAGCUUCUUCACCCAGUCUACUUCAGUCCUUGGAGCUCGUUGUGGGUUUGGGCGAAACCGCGUGGGCUUGACUGGCUUCUUGAAGUUGCGUCACCACCAUCGGUAACAAACUGGGGCAAUUUCGUCGCAGGCUGUCUCGCUCGCCGUACUAAAGUCCAAGAGGAGAAUGAAAAAUUAGAGAAGCCUGAUAGCGAAGUUCGCAAAGACUUUUUCUACUGGCUGUUCAAGGCUGUAGACCCCGAGACUGGCAAAAAGGGCUACGACUUGAAUGAGCUCUAUGGCGAAUGCGAAGUGUUGACCAUUGCUGGCUCAGAUACUACAUCCGUUGUUCUCUCCGCGGCUUUCUUCUAUCUCUCCCGUAACCCCGCAGUCCAGGAGAAGCUGGCACAGGAAAUCCGAUCAACCUUCUCGAGCUAUGAUGAGAUCAAGUCUGGAGCAAAGAUCAUGUCCUGCAAGUACUUGACAGCUUUCCUCCAAGAAGCCCUGCGUAUGACCCCACCAGUCGCCGCCGAACCGAGUCGUGUGGUCCUUCCUGGUGGAACAACUGUUGCCGGCCACUACAUCCCAGAAGGCAACCACGUCAGCGUGGGAAUGUACUGCAUGAAUUAUCAUAAGGAUUACUUCCCGGAGCCAUUCAAGUUCCGCCCUGAACGCUGGAUCGCCACCGACCGAGACAACGAGAGCGAGGGAUCUUCACCCGACAGCGUCGCCUUAGCCGAAAGUGCCUUCUACCCCUUCUCUUUUGGCUCCCGCGGUUGCGUAGGAAAGAACUUGGCUUGGCUUGAGAUGCGUCUUGUGCUGGCAAAGUCACUGUAUACAUACGAAUUCAGGCAAGAUGCCAACAACAACCUCGGAGGCGGUGAUAAGAAUGGAAAGCCAGGUCGUCAAAACGAAGGUCAAUAUCAAAUGUGGGACAUUUUCGUUGCGAAUAGGAAAGGACCCAUGGUCCAGUUGAGGAAGCGGGACUAA